CCCUCCCGCACGGCAGCCGCGCUCGCCCAGGCGGACGGGGUGUAAGGCAGCGACGUCGGCAGCAGCAUGGCCCGUACCAAGCAGACCGCCCGCAAGUCCACCGGCGGCAAGGCGCCCCGCAAGCAGCUGGCCACCAAGGCGGCCCGCAAGAGCGCGCCCUCUACUGGCGGGGUGAAGAAGCCGCACCGCUACCGGCCUGGUACUGUGGCCCUCCGUGAAAUCAGGCGCUAUCAGAAGUCAACCGAACUUUUGAUCCGCAAGCUUCCCUUCCAGCGUCUGGUGCGUGAAAUUGCUCAGGACUUCAAAACAGAUCUGCGCUUCCAGAGCGCUGCUAUCGGUGCUUUGCAGGAGGCAAGUGAAGCCUACUUGGUUGGCCUGUUUGAAGAUACCAACCUGUGUGCUAUCCAUGCCAAACGUGUCACAAUCAUGCCAAAAGAUAUCCAGCUAGCACGCCGCAUUCGUGGGGAGCGUGCCUAAACUUCACCUUGGUGGGUUUGUCAUUCUCGAAGCAAAAUCUUCUUCCUGUUAUUGGUAGUAAUGAACGUUAGAUAUUUUUUCCAUGGGGUUGAAAGGUACCUAAGUAUAUGGUUGCAAAUGGAAAAAUAGGGGUCAGAAUUGGGUAUUGGCAAGUUUUUUUUCCAUUUUCAUUUGUGUGUGGAUUUUUAAUAGAAACGAGGGGACAAAACGUUAAUGCGGUCACAAACAAGUCUGGGUGAACAAGUUUCAACAAUUCAACUUUAUAAAAAAAAAAAGAAAAAAAAAGUAUAAAUAAGCCUGUCAAAUUUUUCUGGACAAUGCCAGCAUUUGGAUUUUUUUAAACGAGUAAAUUUCUUACCAAUGGCAACUAAAUGGUGUUUGUAGCAUUUUUAUCAUACAGUAGUUUCCAUCCAUUCACUCUACUUUUCUAACUGAGUUGUCCUACAUGCAAGUACAUGUUUUUAAUGUUGUCUGUCUUCUGUGCUGUUCCUGUAAGUUUGCUAUUAAAAUACAUUAAAUGAU